CCGCCGUGACGUCACUGCGGCGCGCCGGCCGCGGGCGAGGACCCCGUCGCGGCCGCGUCCCUUCAGGUCCUUGAGCCGGUGCCGACGGCCGAGCCAUGGCCUUGAGGCUGCUGAGGCUGGUGGUCCCCGCGUCCGCGUCCCCGCGGGGCCUCGCGCCGGUCGCCCAGCGCGUGGAAGGAAUUCAUACAAGUGCGCUGUGCGCGCUGCGCUACGGCCCUCUGGCGUACAUACUCGGUGAAAGAACCACCAAAAGACUGACAGAACGCAGCAAAGUGAUAACUGUCGAUGGCAACAUCUGUUCUGGAAAAAGCAAGGUUGCAAAAGCAAUAGCAGAGAAACUAGGCUUGAAGCACUUUCCUGAAGCGGGGAUACACUACGCGGACAGCACUACAGGAGACGGGAGACCCCUAGACGUGAAGUUCAGUGGCAACUGCAGCUUGGAGAAGUUUUAUGAUGACCCCAAAAGCAAUGAUGGCAACAGCUACCGCCUGCAGUCCUGGCUGUACGCCAGCCGCCUCCUGCAGUAUGCGGAUGCCUUGGAACACCUGCUGAGCACAGGCCAGGGUGUCGUGCUGGAACGCUCCAUCUACAGUGACUUCGUGUUCGUGGAGGCCAUGUAUAAGCAGGGCUUCAUCCGAAAGCAGUGUGUGAACCACUACAACGAGGUGAAGAAGGUCACCGCCAACGAGUACCUGCCCCCUCACGUGGUCGUCUACAUCGAUGUGCCCGUCCCCGAGCUCCAGCAUCGGAUCCAGCAGAAAGGAAACCCGCAUGAAAUGAAGAUCUCACCCGCCUACCUGCAGGACAUUGAGAAUGCCUAUAAGAAAACCUUCCUCCCUGAGAUGAGUGAAAAAUGUGAGGUUUUACAGUACGAUGCGAAGGAAGCGCAGGAUGCAGAGAAGGUGGUCGAGGACAUUGAGUUCCUCAGGUAUGAAAAGGGGCCGUGGCUGGAGCAGGACGACAGGACCUUCCACCGUCUGCGGAUGCUGGUUCAGAAUAAGUUGGAGGUGCUGAAUUACACAACCAUUCCUAUCUAUCUCCCGGAAGUCACGAUUGGAGCUCACCAGAGUGACCGAGUCUUCCAGAAAUUCUUAGAGCACGUGUCACCUCCUGACAAGUGGGAACACGGACCAAUUGCAUAUAUAGCGCCCCCUGCGGCCAGAAGCGCCUGCAGGCGGAGCUGCCGGGCCGCCGGUACCAACCCGGGUACAAUGCGGACGUGGGCGACAAGUGGAUCUGGCUGAAGUGACGACCGCCCUCCGCCAAAGCAGCAUCGCGGUGACGAGGAAGCUGCCAGCCUGCUGACUCCAUGUAGCUUUAAAAUCGGGGGUGGGGCGGGGGGAUGACCCGAAAGUCGCACUGGAAGGAAGGGCACAAAGCAGCCUGCCCUGUAGUGCAGUCGGGGUGGAAGGAAGCAUCUUCCUCUUAAAAGGUUGUGGAAUCUUCUAGUUUUAUUUCGAAUGAUGUGUAAUUAUCACUGGGGAGAAAUUAUAGCGUCUACUACGGAGACCAGACGACACUGGAAGCCCAGACGACACUGGAAGCCGUUCGCCACUCACCGCUGUGCUGCGGUGCGUGGGGUUUGCACGUUGCUCCUUCAGAUGUGGACAAAUACAGCUGUUUCUGCGGCCCUCGUCUGCGUUGUCCCUGAGCUUGUGCCGUGCAUUUCACACGUGUGUGUGUGCGCGUGUGUGUGUGUGCGUGUGCGUGCGUGCAUGAGCAAAGCCCACCCACUGUUUGCUGUGAUCUCAUUCAGACAUAUUAAGAUUGAAGAUGAGUAUUUCUGAAACAUUUAUUCUGUCUGUUUUAGCAAUCUGCUGUAUUAGAGGAAAGGAAACACCAGAGAGAGGGAGAAAUUACCACAGACUUACAGAACGACAUCUAUGUUUUAAAAGAAAUUUUGGGAGCCUCGUGUGGUGGCCAGCAUCGGGUGGCCUGGUAAUUCCUUCCUCUGAGGGGGGAUUGGAGCUUAGGAUGUCAACGGGAUAAAACGUAAAAGCAAAGUGAUACACACACACACACACAUAUUCUUUAUUUUUAUUACCUAAAACCCAAGAUGUCACCUGAAAAGACUAGUGAGAGAGAAAAGCUCAUUUCUUUAUUCACCUCUAUUGUAAACUUAGAAAAAAGUAAAUUUUCUUUUAAGCUAAUUGUAGAGGUGAGCACUUCCGUUCAGGAGCUCAGCUGUGAGUUGUGACUGAGCUCCACCCACUGUGUUCAGCGUGAGUUGUGACUGAGCUCCACCCACUGUGUUCAGCGUCGUAGGCGGCUCCUCGCCACACGUGACUGUUCAAUGCAAAUGAAUUAAAUGGAGCUUAAAGCUCACUUCCUGGGUUGCACGGGCACCGUUCAAGGGCUCAGGGGCCACAUGGCCAGUGGUCUCAGUAUUGGACAGGGCGGAAGAGAACACGUUUCCUGUCGGGGAAAGUCCCAGCAGCGCCCCCCCACGCAGCGCCCGCCUGUCCCCCUCGGUCCCUGCCCUCUCCUCUCCGCCUUUCCUCUCCUUCAUCCUUUCCGCGCUCUCUCUGUCUCUCCCUGUCACCCCCUCACCUUCAUUCGCACCCCCCACUUUGGGUUUUAAGAAUUGAAAAUAAAGUUUCCCAGCAAUUUUCA